AUGUUCUGGGUCAACUUCAGUCAGGUCUUCAUUGGGGAUGGAUACUCAGAAUCUGAAUUGCUGAACGCCGCUAUCCCGAUCCUCUUCCAGGUUGGAGCAAAGCUACAAGAGAUAUUGUGUGUCGCUAGCUUGGCAACGAUUAUCCUCCAGGUCAUACACUACGACAUUCUCAGCCGCGAUGGUGUACCGUUUGGACUUCUGACAUCGCAUUUUUGGUUCAGCAUGGGGCCACAUACAUUGUUUCAUCCCGAGUUCUUCAUACCGGCAUCAAGCCUUAUCUCGACAAUAUAUAAUGAUCUGAGGACAAUGCUUGAAGAAAUGGUCUCGUUUUGCCGUACCAAGUGGCCGCCCAGCAUGCCAUGGAUUUAUGCUCUGAUCAAAGACAUCUACUCCAGGAACUGGAUAGCGACUCUUUGGCAGCAGUUUCUUCGGAUUCGUCUCGUCUUGUUGAUUCUGAUAUUUGCUAUCCUAGCUGUCGUUGUUGGACCGUCAACAGCACUCAUAUUGACUCCGCGGACACUCAGCUUCGCCGCUGGGGGCACAGAUUACUUUAUCCCCCUGACACCUGACCAGCUCUGGCCUUCCGUCGUUGACACAAGCAUGGAGCAUCCAAUCUGUGCUUUACCAAAUGCAACACUUUACCCGAUCUGCCCAUGCAGUGGCUAUAGUUCGAUUCGUCGUCACCUCCCCUUGGCACUCAAAGCUGACAACUCUGUUCCCGGUUGGAGCUAUCCUAUUCAGGGCCCGACGGACAUUUUGCCCUCCAUGCUGAGCACCAACUGGGAAGCUAAGACGUCCCAACCGAUGGCAUACUCUGCCCUCAUGCUUGAAUUGUUGGCCACGGAUUGGUUUGUUGCGACGAAAGACGUCGCAGCCACGGGAGGGAGGAGAACCCUUACAUAUGAAAGCAACUAUCAGUACGCGAGCCAGAGCGAAUUUACCUCCACGGACAUCUUCCCUACGAGCGCUGUUUGUUGUUCCGAAGCACAAGACAUUGCGCAAGAAGAUGACUCAGUCUACUUCCGUGUGAAGAAAGGUGAUCGGCUUUAUGGUUGCGGUCCGUUCAACAACACCCAACCAGCCAAAAUCUCCCACCUGCAACGUACUCGUUCUUCGCAUCUCCGCCUGCAGUGGAUCCCGCUCGACUCCGAUGUGUUUGGCGCCGUCACGGCCGGUGCUGUUCUGGAGUUGCCUUGGUCUGCGUCUUCGGAUACGCGAGCAGUGCUGGCUUGCGCGAUAACUUCAGCUUGGGUGCCAGGAACGGUGAGCAGACUGCAAUCGAACAACCAUUCAUGGGUAGCCGAUGGCAGCCCAGCGAGCAGACUGCUCCUCAAGACCAAUCUCGCCGCCUCAGAUUCAUCCGCAAAGGACUUUGCCCGCUUCGUCAACGUCUCGGUCGAGUGGUUACAGGCGCUGGCCCCAAUCGCCCCGGACGUUCCUGCUGCCGAAGACGGCUGGCGGCCUUCCACUCUGGAGAACGUCUUCGCGAUGGCCGGGUUGACAACGCUCAUGAGGGAUCUCCGCCAAGCACUUCAGUCAGCAACAGACUUGCCGAGAAACAUGACAGAUGCUCAAUUGUACAAUUCUGAUCUGUAUCAUACGAUGGAACGGGAACUUUUGCUCGAACAGACACUGUCACGAGCAAUCACCGAUGGUCUAUCUCGAAGACUUGUCUGGCAGGCUUACAAUAUGACAGGUCCUUUACGUCUGUGGAGUCCGCACCCGAUCGAUCGGUUGAUUUCAAACCCCGACCGCUCUUACGGUCGUCAGCUCCUCGAUCCCCACAGUACUUUCAACGCAGUGAAUCUUAGUGGGCCGCAAUCCGUCCCGGACCAAAUCGUCAAUCACAUCGAUGUCACAGUGGAGGGACUCGGAUGGCGCUGGGAGUUCCCAGCCGAUUAUUUCCAGUUCAGCAUCGCUAUCAUUUACCUCUGGUUUAGUUUGUGGUAUAUUGUGUUGACUGUCGCGUGCAGGGAAACGUCCAGCUCCUGGGAUACCAUCAGUGAAAUGGUACUAUUGGCUUGGAACUCUGCUUCGGCCCCGAGAAUGCAUGGGACAUCGGGUGGCAUCAAGUACUUCAGGACGUUCGACGUCAUCGUCAAGGUGGAGGCGACCACCGUUCACAGCACUGGAACAGCGGAGCAUGAUUGUCAAGAGGCUCAUCUACUGAUCCACGAGCCUGGAGGGAGCAUCUGCGCGACAGUUGAAGAGCACGUGGAUACAUCGAUGCAUCCGACUGAUUCUGAAACUUCAUCAACAAACUCGUCGCCCACUUCGACGGCGACCACAACAGGCGCGGCUGGGUUACAGUCCGCUUCUACCAAACACGUUAUCAUUCGUCGAGGUCCAUACGAGAAGGUAGUCGUGGGGGAGAAGUACUGCUGA